AUGGAGCCCGCCGGAAGCCACCCUAGCAAACGGCGAUGUAAGGAACGGGUUCGCGUCACUCGCGCCUGUGACAAUUGUAAGAAGAAGAAAUUACGCUGUUCAGGCACUCUUCCCUGCGCACUAUGCCAGCGCUCCCGGUUCGAGUGUGAGUACACUGCUGGCUACCAUCGAGGAAAAGUACCACCGGUUCCCAUAGCCAGCCACCAAACUGGUGAUGUGGGCAAUGCCAAUCGAUAUGGCGAGCAGUCUACAAAUACUAGCACGAACAGCCUCUCUCCACUGGAACCGCAGCAUGCUUCACACGAUGGACUCCUGCAAGCAGAUAAACGAGAUAAACGAACCGCCCUUCCAUCGUCUGGCAAUUCACCAGAGCCUCAUCAAACUGAUUUGGAGGGGCAUUACGUUGGGCCGGCAUCAGGCGUCUCAUUUUUGAUUCGGGUUCAGAAGCGACUUCAUGAGCAUAUCUCGUUUCCACGUACUACACCGAUUUUUAAUUUAGGUGACGCGCCACUUGCUAAAUACGACCCGUCUUUUCUCAUCAUCCCCAAUAAAAAGGAAGCAAAGGCGCUGCUUGAUAGGUACUUUGAAUUCACUUUCCCCACUCAUCGUUUCUUGCACCAGCCACAAGUUGAGAGCUGGCUUGAAGACUUCUACCACGACCUUGGGGCAUCGCAACCGCCAAGGCCGGGAGCUAUGGCGACGAGAGCAUUGCUCCUAAUGAUUUUUGCGCAUGCAAAGCUAUGUUUGCCAAAUAGUGAAGGCUCCUUGGGUGCUUGCGUAAACAGCCCAGUCUAUUUCGCUGCCUCAGAACACUAUCUCGCAGAAGAGACGGGCCCUGUUCGCCUUUCAAGCGUCCAGGCACGGUUAGCCCAGUGUUUUUAUCUUCUGGGCCAAUCUCGGAUUAAUCAUUGUUGGAGUCUUUUUGGGACUAUGGCACGACUCGCUAUUGCAAUCGGCUUGCAUCGAGGACGACGUCAGGAACUCACAGGGAGUGUUGACUUCGUCGAACAGGAAUGCCGCAAACGAGUCUUCUGGUGUAUAUAUAUCCUGGAUAACUAUCUCGGUGCUGCACUGGGGCGUCCAAGAAUCUUUCACGAUGACGAAAUCGACCAGGAACUCCCUGCUAUUGCAAACGACUCACAAAUAACAGCAAGGGGCAUUUCGCCGGCUGUGUCGAGCACUCAAAGCAUCAUGCUGGCACCCGUAUAUCACGCCAAACUGUCCAAAAUUAUCAGCGGUAUACUUCGUGAUUUAUACGGCAUACGACGAGUAACUCUCCAAUCUCAAUCUGUAGCAACCACAAAGUACGGUGCUGAGCUUGCACAGUGGCGGAAGGAAAUAUCAGCUUUUAUUGACCUCCCAAAUGUUGAUAUGAUGAUGGUUACUUAUCAGCGACAGUAUACGGUCUUAAACCUUGCUUUCUAUCAUGCUCAGAUACUACUCUACCGCUCAUUCAUUCUCAGAGACUUCAAGAAUUUAGCGCUUCCGGUGGCUGACGAAAGCAACCACUUAUCCAAGUCUGUUAACCAGAAUAUCCAGACUUGUCUAGAGGCUGCUAUGAAGAUCGCUAGCAUUCUACGUGACUUGUGCGAGAAUGGCAGAAUGUACCAUACUUUUUGGUUCACUCAUUACUAUGCGUUCUCAGCUAUUGUUAUAUUAUAUGUUCACUUUAUCCAGAGUUGUGCCCAAGCGAGCAAUGCUGAGGCCGAAGCAAACUCGACCUUCUUCCAGGCGGGCGAGCAAGCUCAACGGCAUCUAGCAACAUCCGGGUCGCAAUCCUCCUUCGCCCGGCGGUACGCCAUGGUGCUCGAAGAACUGCGUAGAGAGGCGCAAAAGUGUAUACAGCACAAACAUCAGUCGGCAAUUGACCUUCCAUCUACGGAUCCACAAGUGGCCAAUAACAUCAAUAUUGGACCGAACGAGUCUCGGCGAAUAGACUUCCCGGGAGAACAUUUUAACUACGGCCCAGCGAGCUUUCCUCAACCCACAUUUGAAGGUAUUCGGCGCAAUACGGACGGAGUUAGCCCAUCUUUAACUUUGUCAAAUAUGCAAUCAGAGGCCUGGAUGGAAAAUCUGAUGCAAGAUGGCAGUCCUGGGACUUAUAUACCUAGUUUAACUAGCUGGGGAGAGUUUGACUCACUAGCCCUGACUGGUCUGGGAGAAUUAGGGUAUCUUUUUGCCUCCAACAAUUUACAGACUUUCGAGGGUUGA